UUUGUUGUACAUUAGAUAAAAAAAGUAGCAUAAAAAGACGCUUUUAUAGACAUUUAAAGUUGACAAAGCUGCGGCGUCACAUCUGACAAGCGAUGACGUGGAUAGAGACUACAGACGAGCACACGAAGGACGACAUCCCCUUUAGAAGGGCUGCAGACAGACAAACCCUCCAGGCUCCCUUUUCCCCACCUAUUGCUGUCCCAUCGCCAUAGCAACCCCUUGCAUUCAGCAGCUAGGUUAACCAACCGAUCUACCCUUCGUGCUGUCUCGCUCCUCGUUGUUGAAAUAUCAUUGUAUGGAACAAAGUCUCCACUCUCUUUUUCUUGCAUUUUAAUUCAAACCGUAGCAAUAAGCCUUAAGAAGUCUAUAGUCAAUUGGUGCGUAAGUUCCAUCAUUGGAACGCUCUACAUUGAGGUCAAAACUUUUUCUUUGACGUUUCUAGAGAAUUUGUCAUAAUUGUUUCACAAAUCGUUGUCGAUUUAAGUUUCUCGAAAUUUUUAAAUGGAAAUGACAGAAGUUAACGUAAAGUGAAAGUAUCUUGAGAGGUUUCAAUAGUUUUACGGACUCAUCACUCGAGUCAAUGAUUCACGAGUGAAUAUACGUUAAUUUAAGCUAUUACAUGUGUCGGUAACUUUCAAAAGUACACCGAAAGAAAACGAUUUUGCUAAAGUAUUUAAAAAUUUUGCUGGAUAUAAAUCUGAAAAUAAUUUUGUUACACCAUCAAAAUAGGUAAUUGUAUCUACGAAUGCUCAAACUGCUAGAAUAUCAAAACGUUCUGCAGCGUUACUCAUGCUUGAAUGUUCUUCAUAAUUAUUAUCUAGAGGUCUAAAGAUCAACAAAAUUAUUUUUAGCUCUGUAUCUAGCCAAAUUUUUAGCAAAACCGUUCUUUUUGUGUGUACAUAUAUUGUGUAGAGGAGGAAUGGUGGAUUUAUAUCUGAAGUGGCGAAAUAUUAUGAUAUCUCGUAUAAUUCGCGUUGAAUUCUAAGAGCAACCGUUAAAAUUACUUCGUUACACUCUAGACAUUAUAGGAUGAUUACUAGUCAUUAGUGUUCGCUGUGUUUUUAUGAAAGCUGAAUUUCAGUUUUGCAGGUAGCAAAUAUUUUUACACGUCUACUCUUCACGUAAUUUUGAGAAGUAUAUUACAUAUUAAUUUUUUAACUUUAGCCUUGAAGACCCUGGAAUUUGAAUUUCAAAUAUUAUUAAAUUUAAUGUGUGUCGUAACAUGUAUAUAAAUUUGGCAAAGAAAGUGUGUGGGCUGUGCCAUGUGCAUCUCUCUUGCAACUUCACAAUCUCAUUGUAGACGUUGUAUAAUGUUUAUUAUAAAGAAAUUGUUUUAAAAAAUUUUAAGUUUUAUUUGAAACAUUUCUAAGCCAAAAAAGUUAUUUAAAAAAAAUCUUGUAAUAAAAUGUAUUUUGUGAAAUGUUCGUAAAACCUUGUUUUGUGGCACUUAUGCAUUUGCGUGUAACAUCUACAAAAGAUCAUUAUUUUAUUUGUUUGAAAGUGCCUUUCAUAACAUUAGUUUUACGAUCCCCCUAUUAUUCCACAAACGCAUUCUUUUUUCUCUCUUCAGUAAAUUAUAAAUUACGUUUGUCCUACAUACCCAAUGAACUUUUACCUAUAGAGUGAUUGAUGGAACUACUAUAUGUACGGUUAAUAAACUGGCGUUGAUUAGAAUUGUAUUGCGUUAAUCUUUACUGAUAUUUACUGUCAGAAAACAAAAUGGAGUAUUCCACAACCUCCUCCUUCUCUCUACAAUAAAAGAUUUUAACAUUUUACUCGCGUAGUUGAACAUUUUGUCAUCCUCUGCUGGUGAUAGCAAAAACUUAUUGUUUCCAGAAAUGUUUCACUAUCCGUUCUUGUAAAUGGCUCGGGAUUUUAAAAUACCUACACAAUUGAGCUAUUUCUUCGACAAGAAGAAAGAAAGCACAAUUUGUAGAAAGGACAACUUCUCCCCGCACAAUGGAAUAAAGCGUAUUAGACCAUUGCAGUAGUCGCGGUCCGUGAACUCGUCAGACAGUUCAACGGGCCGAAUGAUGACGCCGGUCGUUUCCGAAAUCAUUCGUACUUUUUUCGUUGUCUCGACUGUGUCGAAUUCGGCGUAUCACGAAGGUGAAUUCGCACGCGAUCGACGGUUUGGCCGUUUAGAUUCACGACAUCUCCGUCCAUUUAUCAUCGGUCACAGCCGAGUCGCACGGCGGUCCCGGCGAUUCUGCUUGGAGAAACUUGGAUAAAAACCCGAUUGAAAAUCCGGCGAGUCACAAGUCUCUCGUUUCGUCCCGGGGGAAAAGGAAUGCUCGUUUUCCCGUCGAGAAUGAAAAUACUUCCGGUACUCGGUACGUUCGCGGUUUUAAUCGCCGGUCAGGAUACGAAAACCGUAGUGUUCCCGCCUACUUCCGGAAAUGACUCCUCUUUGGAGACGGAAGGUCAAAUUGAGCCUGUGCUUCAAUCGGAUAUGACGCGAGCAAUCUUUGCGACUCUCAUACCACCGCGGCCGCCGCCGUCGUCAUCGUCACCGCCGCCGUCGUCGUCGCCGUCGCCACCGCCGCUACCGCCGCCGCCGCCGCAGUCGAUGCUGCCCUCGGAUUACUUUUUCCACGCGCCUCAACGGGCGUUUCUGCGUCACAGAAGCGAACACGUACCGUAUGGAUACGAGUAUCCCAAUGUUGCGUAUCCAGUAGCACACUCAAUAGAGCACUCCAUCGUUCCAUCAUCGAAACAGCUUGUAAUAGUCAGUUUCAUCGGGCUCUUGUUGCUUUUGGCGAUUAUACAGAAUACGCUUAGUGCUGUUAAGCGGAAAGAUGCGAUAAUGGAUCUAUUAUCGUCCAGGCAAAAGCGGGACGUUUACGCUACGCACGAUUUUCGUUCCGUGACCCCGGAGGAGGAGGAGAUCCUUAAUAGCGAUGCCAGAGUACGAUGCAUACAGAGGACGAUCUGUCUUGAAAAUCGCAAACUCUUUAGAGAUUUGGGCGCACCGGGUAAAAUGCUGGCAAAGUACUUGACGAAAGACGUAGAGAAAUCCUUCCAGUUAUCCUCGGGUUGGGAUCGUCUCGUGAGAGAUGCUGGUGCAGCGGGAAUUCGAGGCGAGAAUUGUGAUGUACUUUACAGAGAUUGCGAGAUUCCCGUAACGAAGAAGAGACAUAAAAACAUUUUAACAAACAUAAAAGACUAUAAAUUUAAUUCAACUCAUUAAUAUUUCAGAAGCAGUUAAGGUACAAAUAAAUAAUUUACUAUUUUUUACGAAAUUCAAUAUUUUUAUUAUUGAAAUUUACCGACGUAGUUCAAUCACGAAAGUAAUUCCCAUGUUUCUUUCCAUACUUGUCUUCACCUUUCAGGCACGCUAUAGAUUUCAGAUCAAUAGAAAGAUUGGUUUUUCCUUGUGAUGAUUUCAUCAAGCCAUUUUCUUAUUUGUUCGACUUGUAUAAAUGUUUCCCAGGCAAAAAGUGCUGUAUCGAAUGAAACAAAUGAUAAUUCUGAAAGCGCUAAGAGUACACUGAGAACGGUAAAAUAUCUCAGUCAAAUUGCAAUAGUGUAUCUGCAACUGAUGAUGAUAGAAAAAGAUCGCCGUUCAAUCAAAUUGCUACGUUAUAAUACUCGAUCUCGUGUGGGAAGAUUGAUCAAAGAAACCAGUCUCUCUAUCGAGUUGAAAUCUAUAAUUUGAACGAAAGUAUUGAAAAAAUAAUUAGAUUUGAGCUUCACUUUCAUGAUUGAACUGAAUAUUGAUACGUUUCGAAAAUAAAUACUGAAUUUCAUAAAAAAAAUAGUAGAUUAUUUAUUCGUAUAUCUAAUAUAAAACACUUUUUCUUUUUAUAAAAAAUGUAAAUUAAACAUUGCAUGUCUGCUGUUUUAAAUAAAUCGAAAAAUUAUCGAUAUCUCGAUAAAUUAGUAUUAUCGAUAAAUUAGUAUGUUUCCAGCAAACAGGAAUGUUGACUCUAAUCAGUUGUUAAUACAUGUAAUUAUAUACUCUUUCCGAUAUGUCGUAUUGUUGUAUAUCAAAAUUACGUUAAAUAAAUAGACUGGGUAAAU